AUGGGAAUGUGGUGGUGUAGUUGGCUCUCCUGCUUUUCCUAGGGUCGAAGCUGCUACUGGAAGGUGAGUCGGAGGAGAAGCCGGGACCAAGUGGGGCUGUUUGGUUUCCUCCACGGUGUAGAAACAGCGAAGCAACUAGGCUGAAACGUGUCAGACAAAGAGGAUGGCAAUAAGUACUCUGGACAACUGAGAAUAACAAGCAUCAUUGAAAAGGAAAGAAAAUCAAGCCAACAAUCAAAACCUUUUCCAUUUCCUCAAGAAAACCACAGAUUUUUCUUCAGUAGCAGGUUGAGAGAAAAAGGAAGAAAAUCAUGAAAAGAAUAUUGAACUGGACAAAGUAGAGUAUGUGGAACUCAAGGAAAUACUUCAUGAAAAGAUCAAGGGGAUUUAUUUCCAAAUUCAAAAAACAUGGGAAGUCAGUGGGAAGGAAAAGAUCGCUUGGAUGGCCAUAUAGGGUGGAGAGUACUGCAGGCUUCACCCGUGAGGAAGGAAACAGUAGCUUGAGUCAAAACUCCAUCCAACAAGGAAUCCAAAGAAUUUUUAACUUCCUUGAGAAUCCAAGAAUGCCAAUGGUGGAAAAACACCAUAGAUAUGCAUAUUGUGGGAAAAGCAUGGAUAGUAAAUCACAGUUGAUAAUACACCAUGUAUGAAUGUCCAGUUUGUGGGAAAAGUUUCAGUCAGAAUUCCAGUCUCAUGAUACACCAGUGGACACAUACAGGAGACAAACCAUAUGAGUGUCCAGAAUGUGGGAAAGGUUUCCGUCAGAAUUCCCACCUGGUGAUACACCAGAAGAUUCACACAGGAGAGAAACCAUAUGAGUGUCCAGAUUGUUCAAAAUGUUUCAUUCGGAAUUGUGACCUGGUGAUACACCAGAGGACACACACAGGAGAGAAACCAUAUGAGUGUCUGGAUUGCGGAAAAUGUUUCAGUCAGAAUUUUGACCUAGUGAUACAUCAGAGGACUCACACAGGAGAGAAACCAUAUGAGUGUCCAAUUUGUGGAAAAAAUUUCAACUGGAAUUCACACUUGGUGGUACAUCAACGGACUCACACAGGAGUGAAACCAUAUGUGUGUCCAGAUUGUGGAAAAAGUUUCAAUUGGAAUUCGCAUUUGGUGGUACACCAGCGGACUCACACAGGAGAGAAACCAUAUGAGUGUCCAGAUUGUGGAAAAACUUUCAUUCGGAAUUCUGACCUAGUGAGACACCAUGCAACACACACAGGGGAAAAACCGUAUGAGUGCCUAAUUUGUGGAAAAAAAUUCAGUCGGAAUUUUUACCUGGUAAUACACCAGAAGAUUCACACAGGAGAGAAACCAUAUAAGUGUCUGGAGUGUGGGAAAGGUUUCAGUCAGAAUUCUUCCCUGGUGAUACAUCAGAGAACUCACUCAGGGGAGAAACCUUAUGAGUGUCUGGAUUGUGGAAAAUGUUUUAGUCAGAAUUCCAGCCUGGUGAGACACCAGAGGAGUCACAUAGCAGACAAAGUAUAUGAAUGCCCAGAUUGUGGGGAAGGUUUCUGUCUGAAUUCCCACCUGGUAAUACACCAGAAGAUUCACACAGGGAAGAAACUGUAUGAGUGUCCAGAUUGUUGGAAAUGUUUCCUUCGGAAUUCUGAGCUGGUGAUACACCAGAGGACUCACACAGGAGAGAAACCGUAUGAGUGUCCAGACUGUGGGAAAGAUUUCAGUACUAGGUCUAACCUUAUAAAUCAUGUGCGUAUACACACAGGGGAGAAACCAUUUACGUGCCCUGAGUGUGGACGAUGCUUCAGGAAACAUUCCACCCUUAUCGCACACAAGAAAACCCACAUUAGGUCCAAAGUGAUGAGUGUAGAGAAGGCUUGAAUUUCAUUUCUAAUGUCUGACUGUAAUUCUGCAAAAAUCUUUGUAGCGUGUCCUUUGCAUUUUUAUCAUGAUAGAUGAUAGCAAUAUCACAUGCAGAGUCCCAGCCUUCUUCUACCUGGAUGUCCUUGAGAUUUUGAGCCGCGGAAUUCCCCAGCCAGCAUUCUCCUCAGGAUAGGAGCACUAACACAGACUAUAGAGAUUGUGGCUCCUCACAUAAUGAGAAAGCGAGAGGAGAAGUAGAGCUGGGUCAAAGUUCAUCUUUUACUAACUGUUCCAGGAAUUCGGUGCACCAAGCAUGUCUGUUCAGAUUGGGUCAAGAAUGAGGCCGGCAAGUGGAAGAAACCAUAUGAGUACUAAAUAUAUUGGAGGAGUUUGGGGCAGUGACAGAAGCAGUGUAAAAUUUCAGAUGUAAAGGCUGUUCUGCCUUGCAGGUGACCUUCGUGGAGAAGAGCUGUAGGAACACUGAGUUGAGGAGAAAAGGGAUUGUGGUUUUGAGCACAGAAUCUCCAGGUUUAUUCGCAACUCCUGCUGUGAUCUCCUUUGUUUUUAGAGGCCUCCUGGUUAGCCUUUGACGGCGGGUGUGUGUGUGUGUGUGUGUGUGUGUAAGAGCAGCACCAGGAGGCUGAUACUUUUGUGGUUCCCCCUCCCUUGUAGAGAAAUGUGAGGGGGAAAAUGGUACAGUAGAUAAUGUUUCAUUUCUAAAACAGCAUUGCAUAAGAAUCAUGAAUAGCUUUUGGGAAAGAAAAAAAAAGGAAGGUGUCAGCAUUUCUGUAAACAUUGGGACAGGGUAAUGCAAAGCUCUCUUCUCAACACAUGGGAGACAUUUCCUCUUCUUUCCCUUCUAUCCUAGGGCUCCUUAAUUUUUUUUUUUUUUUAAAUCCUUCAAAUAAAGAGGGGAACAUCAUUUGUAGCAGCAGAAGUGAAGCUUUAGCUAUGUAGAUGAAUGAUCUUGAUUUUGCUGGGAUUAGAAGACACCAAAGGAUUCCAAGAUUGUUUAUUUCAAGCUCUGGAGGGGAGUCAAAAGUUGCCUUCUUCCUAUAGCAGUGGUGGCGAACCUAUGGCACGCGUGCCAGAGGCGGCACUCGGAGCCCUCUUAGUGGGCACGCGCGCCAUUGCCCCAGCCCUGCCUCCCCCCACGGCCCCCUCAUCAGCAGCCUCCCCUGAGGAGAGUCGCCCCCAGGCACACCCCGCAUGGAGCAGCACAGCCAAGCACAUGGCAGCAGGAACAAGACUCCACUCUCGCGCCCCGUUGCAUGUAGAUGAUGCUGCGGAUCGCGGGCAGAGGGGAUAGCCGCCAUGACGCUGGGCCGCCUGGGCAAUCUACGGCGGGCUGUGGAGGCGGUGAGUGGUCCUGCGGGCAAGUAGGUUGGGGGCGUAGCGGGGGCAGGGACGGGACGGGGCGAUUUUGGGGCACUCAGUCUCUAAAAGGUUCACCAUCACUGUCCUAUAGCAAAUGUACAACAGGAGCGUGCACGCACACACGCACACUGUAGGGAUCCUGCACGCUCUUUGGAGAGGAGUCAAAACUCGCCUUCCUCCUCCUCUUCCUCCUGCUGUACGUUCCCUGGGGCAGGUCUGUGAUUUCUCUGAGGAAACACCAACACAAUUCAAAAAGAAAGGUUAUAAUUAUUUUGGGGAAGGUCACAUUGCAUAUGAUCCCUUUGAAGGACACCCAGGAACCAAGAGCAGGCUAGCCAUGUGGAAAAACCAAGAGGCUCUUGGCCUAAGUCUCAAGUCUAAAUGACCUUGAAUUUAAACAUGUGCAAAAUUUCUAACCUUUCAAAUAGUAAAAUUAUAUUUAAGCAA